AUACACACGUCGGCAGUCACGUGCACUAAUACGUAACAUACAACAUAGUGUGUACUGAAACAGGUAAUAGGAGACACGCGCUAAUGACAUCAUCAUGUACUACACAUCACACGUACAGGCGAAUACACAAUAAUAAUACACAGAGGUCCAAACACAGUUCUUCUUCAGGGCCCUUCACACACUACUUACCUGCCAGGUGUGUUCGCCCCGCGUCGCUUCGCGUCGAUGGCGCGUUUUCCUUGACGCUUCGGCGUCCCUUUACUCGGGCAGUUGACAUGGUUCCCUCCGUUCGGUCUCCACGUGCCGUUGUAGAUUGUCCAAAGUUGUCGUCCGCCGAGUGCUGCACGCUCGAGACGUUUGCCCCCCGUGUCUGAUACUUGUGCUCGCAGAUGAUGUCGCUUCGGCGCGCCGCCGCCACCUGGCAGGGAUGACCGGGGGCCCCCGGGACUGAUCAGGAUGGGGCCCGAUGUCCCUCUGCUCAAUGAGUACAAGCAGGAGUUCUUCUGGAAGCGCUUCCCUCAGACGGUGCUGGGGGGACCCCGCUUCAAGCUGGGCUACUGCGCCCCGCCCUACAUCUACGUCAACCAGAUCAUCCUCUUCCUGACGCCGUGGGUGCUGGGUGGGGUGGGCACGCUGCUGCACCAGCUGCGGGUGCUGGAGGAGCACCAGGCGGCCACGCUUUCGGGGGCCGUUAUGCUGGGAGCGGCGGCGCUGCUGCAGGGCCUAUCUUCGUACGCCGUGCAGCGGACCGGCAGGGUGGAGCGCCUGCGAACCCCCAACGUCCUGGCUGACGAGGAGGAAGCGGAGUUUUCCAGCUGCGCUGGCCCGGACGCCAUCCGGUUCCUCGUUCCGGGCAAGAAGUUUCUGCCGAACGCGGUGCUGCAUGUGGUGCUCGCCGGGGCCACGUGCGGCCUGGGCACGUGGUACCUGCUCCUAGGGAGGCUCGUCGCCCUCUACGGCAGCCCGGCGGUGGCCGCUGUGGUCUUUGUGCUGGGCUGGCUGGUGCUCUGCAUUGGAGAGUACUCGCUCGUCGUCAACACGGCCACUGAGACGGCCACUUUCCAGGCGCAGGACACGUACGAGAUCAUACCCCUGACCCGCCCCCUCUACAUAUUUAUCUUCAUCGCCGUGGACAUCGCUCAGAGGUUAGCGGGCCCGGUUCCGGCACUGCUGUUGGCCAGUCAGGUUCUGCACGUGGCGUUCCUCUUCCUGCCCCUGCUGUGGGCGCUGGGCAUGCUGUCACCCCUGGACGCCCUCCUGCUCUGGGCCAUGGAGCAGGUCCUUGUGUUUGGCCUGGGCGGGUCUCCGAUGUCCACUGACCUCAGGCUGCUGGUAAUGUUCCUGAUCUCAGCUUGUGUGGCCGUGUGCACCUUCUUCAUCCCAUCGACCCUCGGUGUGGUGCUCUUCGCUGCAGCCAUGGGCUUCUUGCUCAGUCUGGACCUUGGACAGGCUGGCGCAUUGCUCAGGACCUGUGGGUCUACAGCGGGGGCGAAGACCGCCCAUACGCUGGGCUGGUGGCUGGGCUGGAAGGAGCUGCUGCUUUAUCAAAGCCUGCUGGUGGGGGCUUUGACAGAGGCCGGGCUCCUUCACCACUUCCUGACUCUGUCCCAGAACUGGCGUGUCGAACCCCAGGUUGUCAUCGGCUGGAUCACAAUAGUCCUUUUUUCCCUCAGCUGGGCUCUCCAAGAGGUCCAGGGUGUAUACCUUUUGGGAGGAGUCCUCCACAACCCAUUGUACCCCAAGGAGAUAGCCAAUGUUCGGCAGUUUAAGGAGCGAAGCAGGGCUCUUCGAGCGGCGGGAGCGGUCAGGAGAGUGCUGGUCAACCUCGUGUCGCCGUUCGUUACGAUCGCUUUCCUCGCGACGGAUGGCUCCCUGCAGGCUCUGCACACGGUUUCCCUCAGCGUGGGCUUCACACGAGCGUUCAGAGCAGUGUGGCAGAGCACAGAAGACCUACUCUUCCAGGUGACUGUGGUCUCCAUCGUGCGUCUUGCAGCCAGGGGCUCCACUCUGCCCUGGUGGGACAGCCUGGGAACGGGGGUCCAGCUCAUUCUGGUGAGCCUGGCCAGUGAUCGGCUACUGCAGCUGGCCUCCAAGAUAAAGUUUGCCCUGACGGUGUUGGUCACCUCUUGGACAGAGAAAAAGCAGCGGCGGCAGUCGGCGGGGACGUUGCUGGCCCUCAACGGGCUGCUGUGGCCGCUGCUGCUGUGCGUGUUGACGCUGUCAGCCCUGCUCUCCGCCCCUCUCUUGCCACUCUUCACCCUACCUGUCUUCCUGGUGGGCUUCCCCCGGCCCCUGCGCAGCUGGCCAGGGCCUGUAGGCACCGCAUGCUCCUGCCCUGACACCGUCUACUACCAGCAGAUGAGCGGGAGCCUGGCCGGUGCCCUACGGACUGCCUUUGUUGGGGGCGCGCUGGGUUCCCCGGCCCCUGGGUCACACUUCCUUGGCCGGUUCCAGGAUCGGGUUGUAUGGAUUAUGGUUCUUGAGAGAGGCUUCGGCUACUGUUGUGUCAGCAUCAAGGGCCUGGAGCUACAAGAGACCUCAUGCCACACGGUGGAGGCGCGGCGGGUGGAUGAGGUGUUUGAGGCCGCCUUUGAGGCCCCCGAUGGGCUGGGGCUGCCAACAUGCCUGAACACGCACUGGGGCAACUUGUUGACCCCAUGCACUGCGCUCCCCGUGUGCGUCUACUCUGACGCCCGCAAUGUCCUGACGGGCAUCAUCGAUUCGCACGACAACCUGUGGCAGCUGAAGGAGGACUUCCUCAAGGUGCUGGUGUGGGUCCUCCUGCAGCACUGCGUCUGCCGCAGUGGGAAGGCACAGGCCUCCAGGCCUCAGAGCAUCUCAAAGACCUCCUCUCCGAAGUUACGGCGGGAGAGCUCCAGCGUGAACUCCUUGGGAGACUGGUCAGACGAGGAUGACCUUUUUGGCCCGCAGCCUGCCAAGCGGACGACCGCACUGGUGAACACAGGGGUCCUGCAGACCCAGGCGUUGCAGUCAGGCCCUUCGUUGCCUGGCUCUGUGGAGAUACACAGCCUUUUUGGCGAUGUUCCCCUCUCUGCUCUCCGGCCUCUCCAGCCCCUCGGACUGGGGCUCGGACUGGGGCUUCCAGCUGUGGACAAGGGUCGAGAGUCUCAAGGGUCGGCCCUCGCUGGCUCGCCCCCGCCCCAGGUGAAGCUGGGCUCCCCUUACUCGGAGCUACUGGACUUGCCUUCCAGCUGGCGGAGCGGCCCUGCGCCCCCUUUACACUCCCAACAGCAGCGGCUGGUCUUCCCAGAGGAAUGGUUCCACUUUGUGUUGGGUCGGCUGGAGUUGGCCGGGCCAGGGGAGUCGCCCGAGGAAGUGGCCGAGGCGUUGAGGAGGGACGAGGCUCUGCGAGAGCUUCAUGCCCAGGUGGCCCUGAGCUGUGUGGUGUCUCUAGGUGCCGACACUACCACAACCAGCCCUAGCUACGUGUACAGGGUCUAUUGUGGGGACGUGCCCUGGACCAAGGGCUUGGACUGGCUCACUGGGAAUGCCGAGCUCUACCAGCUCACACUCAAGGCAUUCAGGUAUACUUUUAAACUGCUUUUUGACCAAGCCAGCCUGGGUACGGUGGAGAGGAAUGAGGAGCUGCUGAGCACCCUAGAGGAGUACGAGCGUGAAUGGUACAUCGGCCUGGUGUCUGAGAGAGGCUGGCAGGAGGCCGUGCUGCAGGAGAAGCCCUUCCUCUUCUCCCUGGGCCACGACCUCACCAUGGGCACCUAUACAGGUCGUGUGCUGACACUACAGGAGAUGUUGGUGCAGGUGGGCCGUCUCAAUGGAGAAGGUGUUAGGGGUCAGUGGGCCAACCUGUCCUGGGAGCUGCUGUAUGCCACCAACGAUGAUGAGGAACGCUACAGCAUUCAGGCCCACCCAGUUUUGCUGCGGAACCUCACGGUGCAGGCUGCAGACCCUCCCCUGGGCUACCCAAUAUACUCCUCUGACCCGCUCCAUCUGCCCUGUUUCUGACACCCCCAGCUCCACCACCAGCAGGGCAGCAUAAGACAUUUUAUUCCUCACAUGGAGCACUGAUGGUCCUCUGCUGUGUUUUAUAUUUAUGGAUACGAUGAUGUGAGUCCACAAGCAGUGGCACAGAAGCUGGCUCUGUGCCUGGCUUCUGUGUUCAUCUCACUGCUCAAAUCGUAACCAAAACCAGCCUUCAUUACCUGUUCUGAUUGUUUCACUUUUGAAUCAAUCACAAAAGUGACAAAUGAUAGCAAGAAGUAAUAUAGUGCUUUGUCCCUAAUCCUAUUAUCUUGACGGGAGAUUAUUUCCUCAAGCCGUCCUCUGUCUUUACCCUUUAUGUUAAAGGAGAGCUCAAGCAGAAAAUUCCCUACAUAUCAUAUGGUUUUUGUAUCUGUAACAUGUUCUGAUACUAUAUAUAGUUCAGAGCCAUUUCAUGCUAUGUUAAAAUUUUUGGGGGGUAUUCUUGUAUGCUCCCAGUUAGAGCUCAUGUGAAUGAUUCACGAGAAAUAGUCUUGUCAUUGCUGAAUUGAAGGUGCCUCUAAGGCUCUAUCAAGAAAUUGAUGUAAAUGAAUGACUACAUUUGUAUAUUCACAUUGGUUUUUAUCCUACCAAUUUGUUGUGAAACUGUGAUUUGGGAUGACAUCUCAUAUAGAUGGGGAAAGUCACAAAAUGACAUCACACUCUAGUGAGG